UAAAGUGUGAUGUUUUGGGACGGGGAGGUCAUUGGAAAGUAAGGGGCUUGGUUAAUUUGGGGGGGACAGAUUAUUCCACAAUUAAAGCAUAUAUUGCACCCCUUCGUUAGCGCAAAGCACGCUGGGGUUUAGUGUCAAGCCCAUUAAGUGUAUCUUUAGCUUGUUACGGAAUAACAAUACGAGGAAAUGUUACGGUUGGCGGUGCGGCGGUUGAGGAAUCCUGUAAAACUCGACCGAUGCGGUCUUCAGCUGGGCCCCUCGGGGGGUGCGAGGACCGGCCCGGCUCCGUGUCACAGGUACCACUGCGGAGCUGCCAGCCGGGCUCGGCCGCCCUCCUGUGCCGCCGCCGCCAGACGCGCCUCCGGAACCGGGGGCCUUUUCCUGCAGGAUGACGGCAUUUCGGGCCGCUGCCGGGGCCGGCGCUUCUACUCCUUACCGGCCCACCAGAAGGUGCAGUUACCGGCACUGUCUCCCACAAUGCAGCUGGGCACCAUUGCACGCUGGGAAAAGAAAGAAGGCGAUAAGAUUAACGAGGGCGACCUGAUAGCAGAGGUGGAGACAGACAAGGCCACCGUCGGCUUCGAGAUUCUGGAGGAGUGUUACCUGGCUAAGAUCCUGGUACCUGAGGGUACAAGAGAUGUGCCCAUCGGAGCAGUCAUCUGUAUCACUGUGGACAGCCCUGACCUCAUCCCCGCUUUUAAGGACUACACGCUGGACAAGGCGUCGGCUGCCCCUGCCGCUGCCCCCCCACCUCCAGCUCCACCUUCCCCCACUGCUGCCAUGCCCCCACAGGCCCCUGGGAGCUCCUACCCCCCACACCUCAAGGUCCUACUGCCUGCCCUCUCGCCUACCAUGACCAUGGGCACCGUACAGCGCUGGGAGAAGAAGGUGGGGGAGAAGCUCGGUGAAGGAGAUCUGUUGGCCGAGAUCGAGACGGACAAGGCCACUAUUGGGUUUGAGGUCCAGGAGGAAGGCUACCUGGCCAAGAUCCUGGUGUCUGAGGGGACACGGGAUGUCCCCCUGGGUGCUCCCCUCUGCAUCAUCGUGGAGAAGGAAGCCGACAUCCUAGCCUUCGCCGACUAUGUGGAGGCGGGUGUGGCCGAGAUCAAGGCCCCCCCUCCAACGCCCACCUCGGUGGUGCCCCCAUCAGCUCCAGCUUCCGCCCCCCCGGCUCUCACGCCCGCCCCUGGCACAGCCAUGCCCGCCGCUGCCAGGAAGGGCAGAGUAUUCGCCAGCCCCCUGGCCAAGAAGAUGGCAGCUGAGAAGGGAAUCGACCUGUCUCAAGUUAGCGGCUCCGGCCCGGAUGGCAGAAUCACGAAGAAGGAUAUCGAGGGCUUUGUUCCGCCUAAAGUUUCCCCGGCUGUACCGGCAGCCCCCGGUGCCCCCUCCCUCGGUGUCCCCACCCCCGCUGUGGCAGCAGUGCCCACCGGCACCUUCACGGACAUCCCCAUCAGCAACAUCCGCAGGGUGAUAGCGCAGAGACUGAUGCAGUCCAAGCAGACCAUCCCCCACUACUACCUGUCUGUCAACAUCAAAAUGGACCAAGUGCUGGACCUGAGAAAGGAACUCAAUGAGGUGGUGAAGGCAGACAGCGUCAAGCUCUCUGUGAAUGACUUCAUCAUCAAGGCCUCUGCUCUGGCCUGUUUAAAGGUGCCCGAGGCCAACUCCUCCUGGAUGGAUACAGUGAUCCGUCAGAAUCACGUGGUUGAUGUCAGCGUCGCUGUCAGCACGGCUAGUGGCCUUAUCACUCCUAUAGUGUUCAACGCGCACAUCAAGGGCCUAGCUGCCAUCAGCAAGGACGUCGCCUUGCUGGCCGUCAAGGCACGCGAGGGCAAGCUGCAGCCUCAUGAGUUUCAGGGCGGCACCUUUACCAUCUCCAAUCUGGGCAUGUAUGGCAUCAAGAACUUCUCAGCCAUCAUCAACCCCCCUCAGGCCUGCAUUCUGGCCGUGGGGGGCUCUGAGAAAAGGCUACUAGCAGCAGAUAACGAGAAGGGGUAUGAUGUAGCCAACAUCAUGUCCGUGACGCUGAGCUGCGACCACAGGGUGGUAGAUGGGGCGGUGGGAGCCCAGUGGCUGGCAGAGUUCCGGAAGUAUCUGGAGAACCCCAUCAACAUGCUGUUGUGAACCAGCAGUCUGACCUCCCGUGACCCCUGGCCACUAUUUAACUUGUCUUCAAGAGGACACCUGGAUAAGCCAACAUUGUUCAUGGGACGUGCUACCCUUGAUAAAUGUACUUGUUUCUCUUUAUUUCUCUCUUGCUCCUUCUCUCCCCUAUAUACAUACACAUCUGGUUUGAUCCAAUGAACUUCAAGGGCCCAAACGGAAACUAGAGGUUUAUGUGGCCUCAGACUGAUGUUGAAAUUGGACUCAAAUUCAAAAAGUCCUUGUAAACAAUUGUUACAAACAAUUGCAGUCCAGUUAUAAAACCCAUAUUAGUGAUAUUUAACGAUUGGGAAAAAAGAAUCUUUCAGUCUUGUGUGUUCUUGCUUCCAUUCAGUGGGUUGGGCCACUGCAGGUCUGGUUUGGCCUCUGUUUAGUGUUUUAAUCUGUUACGCACGUCUCAGGAUAGAUUGUAUAUCUGGAGUCCCAGGCACAGCUGGAGAGACGGGUGUGGUGAUAGGGUUUUUUUUUUGUGGAUUACUUGAGGAUGAGGGUGCCGAUCAAAUUGGGGACUUUGUGUGUGUCAGCCUGAAUCUGGGGGCACAGGAUGAGCACAAGUCCUGUGAACAUGGAAACAAGCUUGUUUCAUAUUGGAAUCCUUUACAUUACCCACCCACCCCACCCCCGCCCCUUUUAAAAUUUUCAAAUUCCCCCUCGAUUAGGUUGUACCUGUGAAAAAUGCAAUUUUACGAACAUGGAAAUUUGUGUGUCUAGAUAUUGGUCGGUUUGCUUGGACCACAUAACUUUCCCGUAUCAGGUCAGAUAAGGCAAGGGCAAUGUCUUGUUCCAUUUUUCCCAUUUCCCCUUGCAGUUUUGAAGUGUACCACUAGGGGGAGACUUUUUUUUUUUUUUUAACCCUGUGAAAAUAUAAAAUUCUGAAUAUGAAAACUUAAGGGAAACUGGCUGUUGAGAUGGGGGGAAAAAAGCUUAAUGUGGAUGAAAAGUCGUAGAUUCCAAGGUCAGUUUCUAUGCUCGUCGAGUAAUAUAGCCAUGUAACAAACGAAUGGUGUUUGAUGAAUUGUUGACUUGUCACUUUUCUUCCUUAAAUGGUGCAGAUUGGAAACGGUUACAGUAAAAUUGUGUGGAGGUGCAAUUUUAUACUUGUUUCAUAUCAGGCUGCUAGAGUUUCUCUCUGCUGCAGUUGGCUCUAUUACAGCCAGAAGGUGGAUGUGGAGGUUGUGGUCGUGCUGUAUCGCGUAAUUCAUCGUCCAUCACAAAGCCACCUGUAUCGCUAAUAGGCCGUGUCCCCCCCCUGCCGCCAUUAGUGUCCAUUCGCACAGACUCAGUAACACAUUAGAUAUACAGUCUGGUUACACUAGACAAGCCUCUAACUGGAGGGGCAGAGAAAAUGGUCACUGUGGCCUUGGUGUAUCACCCAUACAGCUUGCUUAUUAUGUUCUGUUGCAUACAUUAUUUUUGUACUUGUAAGACCACACUGUAUGUUUCCCUGCAGCUCAAAGCAGGAUUAUACAGUUCAUACCAAAAUGUGCAACUAUCUCACACACACACCCCCCCCCCCAAAAAAUACAGAGGUCUAACUUGCAUGUUGCUGUUUUGAUCAUGUCUUUCAGCUGGUCACAGAUAAUGAAAAGCCAUUAAGUCAUGGGCAGAUAUGCUGGAAAGCUAGAGGGCUGAAACAUCUGCAUUAAAUGACCAAACAUAAUAUUACACACAAGUUUGAUAUUAUUGGUAGAGGUUAAUGAACAUCCUCCUUUGGUUGGGAGAUACAAAGAUCAGUUUAAAGCAUGAGAAUGGUAUUUCGGAUAGAUACAGAUCAAUACUCUUUUGAUCUGUAUCUAUUAAAAUAUGAAAUUGUUAUAUAUGUGGCCAAAACAUCCAGGUAGCAAUUGUAAUGUGAGCUCAGUCCUGCACACAACAAAGAAGAGUGUUUACAACACACACUCCAUCUGGAAUGGAACGGCUUAUAUUAAGCUGUGCAAUUUAUAUCGAUAUACAAUCUGUUAAUUUGCUAAGCUGCCCAUCAGAAUUGGAAAAAAAAAAUCUGUCGUUGAAAGGUGCAUCGUAAACACAUUAUUUAUGCUUCUGUAAAUGGGAUCCUUUCAUUUAGCUAUUGAUCAGCCCAAAAUUUUUAGUGUUUGUAAAGCUCAACGCACACAGUGGGUUGUAAAAACAGAUUAAAGGAUUCUUUUGUUCCA